UCCUCCAUAACCGUACUUUUUCAGUCAAUCUCCAGCGGGAGAAUGACAAUAGGUCAAUUUUUAAAUUUCUUCACCAGUUGGUUCGGCAUGUUGAGAAUUCAACGCAGAGAGCCUGAUCUCUUUGAUGGAAAAAACGUAUCUUUUGUGGAUGCAGAUACAUCUGGCCGUCUUCAAGAUCUGGAGAUCAAGGAGUAUGAUGAUGAACAAACAAAGGAAAAUAAAGAGGAAGAGAUACCACCAUGCCAUGAAGACAACACGGACAAGGCAAUGGAACCGGAGAAUGCAAAUGUUCUUGAAUAUGGACGUGAUGAAUCAGAUCUCCCUAAGAAGGGAAAGAGAUUUUGGUUGAGAAGAAGGAAGCAAGUUGUUCGAAAUGGUAAAAACGCUUGUGAUCCACAAUCAUCCCCAAAUCCUGAUCUCAAUAGGAGCAGAAAUUGGGUAUCCAGGAUGUUGAAACGUAACCAAGUCAUACCAAUAGGAGUUAAUCCAAAUCCACGAGAAAUUAUCCCUGAUCUAAGUAAGAGGACAAUAUGGAUAACGUCUUGCCUCGGCAGUGUUGAUGUGAUACCAAUGGACUGUGAGAAUGAAGAUCCAAACCAAGCAAUUAUCCAUCAUAUAUACGGAAGACCUAGCGAUGAUCAGGAAGAAUUUGUGGCAUAAUUAAUUCUGGCUCGGUGUUUCAUUACUGACUAAUUUAGCUUAAGGACAAUUUCUUUUGGAUUAAACUUUUUUUGCCAAAUUG